UUUAAUAUAAGAGUUGAAUCCACAAAAAAAAAUAAUGAAGACUCUUAAUUGGAUAUUCAUAAUGAUUGUACCAUUGGUUGUUUCAAUCAUAAUAUUUUUAAUAUUUUUUAGAACAAAUAUGGCAACUUUAAAAUUAUAUCGAAGCACAAGCGUUGUGUUACCAGAUAGUGUCGAAGAAGCUGGAAUUGUUGUUGAUCAGGAUGGUAAAAUAUCUAAAAUACUCACGAAACCAGAUUUAGAUACAAUGGAUCCAAAUUCAUUUGAGGUAAUUGAUUUUGGAGAUCUGGUAAUAAUGCCAGGAGUUGUGGACUCACAUGUCCAUGUAAACGAACCAGGGCGAACCGACUGGGAAGGAUAUACCACAGCAACACGAGCUGCAGCUAAAGGAGGUGUUACAACAAUCAUCGAUAUGCCAUUAAACUCAAUUCCACCAACCACAACGAUAGAAAAUUUUAACACAAAAUUAAAAGCUGCCGAGGGUAAAAAUUAUGUGGAUCUUGGAUUUUGGGGUGGUGUUAUACCUGGAAAUCAAAAUGAGUUGGUCAAACUUGUGGAAGCUGGUGUUGUUGGUUUUAAAUGUUUUCUAUGUCCAAGUGGUGUUGAUGAGUUUCCAAAUGUUAAUCAAGAAGAUAUUCAAUUAGCCUUGCAAGCUUUGGAAGGGACGAAUUCUGUAUUAGCGUUUCAUGCCGAAUUAGAACUGAAUAAUACAACACCAAUCGGUGAUCCCACAAUUUACGAAACAUUUUUGGAAAGUCGUCCAGAUGAAAUGGAAGUUGAAGCUAUUAAAAUUGUCACCGAAUUAUGUGCAAAACAUAGUGUUCGUUGCCACAUUGUCCACUUAGCAGCUGCCAAAGCAUUGCCUAUUUUACGUAAAUUUAGAGCAAAAAAUAAGAAUCUAACUGUCGAAACAUGUCACCAUUAUUUAACAUUUAGUUCCGAAGAAAUUCCACAGGGUAAAACGCAAUAUAAAUGUUGCCCUCCAAUAAGGGAUCAUGAAAAUCGGGAACUCUUGUGGGCAGCCUUACAAAACCACGAUAUCGAUCAAGUUGUAUCUGAUCAUUCUCCAUGUACACCAAAUUUAAAAUUUUUGAACAACACUGAGAAACCCGCAGAUUUCAUGAAAGCUUGGGGUGGAAUUGCAUCUGUACAAUUUGGAUUAUCAUUAUUUUGGACGGAGGCUCGUAAACGUGGCUUAAAUUUGUUGGAUGUUUCACAUUUCUUAUGUAAAGGUCCAUCAAAAUUGAUUGGUUUAGAAAGUAAAAAAGGUCAAUUAAAAGAAGGUUUAGAUGCAGAUUUUGUCGUAUGGAAUCAAAAUGAAACAUUUGUAGUCAAACAAUCUGAUAUUGAGAUGAAAAAUAAGAUAACGCCAUAUUUAAAUAUGGAAUUUUAUGGGAAAGUUUAUAAAACAUUUGUUCGCGGUCUGAAAGUGUACGAUAAAGAUGAAGGAUUUUCGGAAACACCUUUGGGUAAAUUAAAUAUUAAGAAAGGUGUAAAAAAUUAG